AUGUUUCCCUACGUCUCCUUACCGAGUGUGGAGGGCUGCUGGGCACCGCCGCAGCACGUUGUCUACACCUUGCUGCCUGGUGCGCUGCUGCUGCCACCAAUUGCGGCCCACGACUUCUGCAGCCGGCCGUCCGCCCUGCGGGAGGUGCACUGCUUCCACGGCGCGCGCACGCCGCCCUGGUGGCUGUGGCCUUGCCCACCGCUCCCCGCCCCCGGCGCCGGCACCUGGUGCCAGCCGCAACCCGCAGCCAAACCCACAGCUGCAACCGCAGCAGUGGCCGAGGGUGCAACGCUGUGGCCCGAAGGCGCCAGCCUGCAGGCGGAGCUGCGCUGGGGCCGCGUGGAGCGCGCGCGGGGGCCGCCCCUGAGGCUCCCUGACGCCGUGCGCCGGGAGCUGCGGCGCGCCUACGGCACUUACCCGCGCACCGACGUGCACGUCACCCGCCGCGGGGGCGAGUUCCUACUGCAGGCCGCGCCGCGCGCGGGCGAGCCCGAGCACCGCGUGGAGAGGCGUGUGACGCGCCGGCCGGACCCCAACGGCCGCGGUGACAGCAGCCCCGCCCGGGGAGCCAGGGCGCGCGGCCGCCCCCAGAAGAGCAGAGGGCCGAGCUGAGCGCGCGCGUCUCCUCCCCACGCACACGCGUUCCGCCGGGCGCGCGUGCCCCGCACGGUCUAGAUUCUGCCGCGUUGUGGCUGCGCAUUGCAGAAAGGGAAAAAGAAGUCGAGAGAUCCCUGGGUAUUCUGUUCCUCCUUCUUGGUCCCCAGAGCGCCGCAGCGAAGUGGAAGAGGAGCUUGAUUCUGUUUCCGCCGCCUCCUCUCCACCCUUCCCUAUGGACUCCCGGGCACUGAGCCCUAACUUUCGCUUCCUCUUUUUUGUACCAGAGUCUCCCCUCCCCCGCCUCAAGGCCCAGGCUGCGGCUACAAUCCCCACCUUGUAAAGAGAGGAAAAUAAAUGAAAUCAAGUGUUCGCUGUGAGAAAGUAGCGCCUUGAUCAGCAGGCCAGGUUCUCCAUCUCAGUAGUCUCCCCGCCAGCCCCAGCUGGACAGUAGAGGCACCCAAUACCUCCUGCCCCACACCCAAGUUGCAUGCUCCUUUGGUGUCCAGGCAUGAAUGGGAAGCAGGCCUGAGACUAGGUUUAGCCUCCCUGACACUCAGUUUUUUCUGUGAAAGAGGCAUAAAACUAACCAUAUUGGAACCAUAUUGGAAGUUAAGAUGAAUGUGUGUGUGAGAGGGAGACUAUCUCUUUCACUUUUUUUUUUUUUUUUUUUUUUUGAGACAGCGUCUCCCUGUGCAAUCCAGGCUGGCCUCUCACUCACUGCCAUCCUCCUGCCUCAGCUUCCUAAUACUGGAAUUACAAGUAUAAGCCACCAUCACCACAAAUGUUAUUUCCUGUCUCCCAAUUCUUGCUAACAAGAAUUCUUCUUUUUUUUUUUCCCCUUUGUGGUAUCAGAAAUUAAACCCACAGCCUCACACAUGCUAGGCAAGCACCUUACCACUGAGUUACAACCCCAGCACUUUUCAGUUUUGAGAGAGGUUUUGGCUAAAUUGCCCAGGUUAGGUUGGAAUUUGUAACCCUGCUGCUUCAGUUUACCAAAUAACUAGGAUUACAGGUGACCACUCCGUCACAGUAUUUACCAGUACUGGGGAUUGAACCUAGGGUCUGAGUACCAAGCAUCCCUGGACCUUUUUAUUCUUCAUUCUUUAUUUUGAAAGAGAACCUCACUAAUUUGAUAAAUUACCCUAGCUGGGCUCAAUCUUUU